AUGCUGCCAUAUCGGAACCGCAACGCCGACAUGAGUGAAAAGAAGAGAAAGAGACAGGAGCAGAAUGGCGAACGGCCAAAGAAGAAGACGGCCGUUGCGCCGACCGGAAAUGUCCGCGUCAAGAUGGUAGAGAAUAAAGAGACUCUGGGUCCGCUUCUAGCUGUCACACCCGGUCUCACCAUCCCAUCGAAGAUAUCCUUCAACCCGUACAAGCGCACCAAGAUCCGACCACAAGGCGAGGAAACCGAAAUGCUGUUCCAAUCAUCCGGCCACCCUCGUUUAGACUACAUCGCACAGGAAGAGCAUGAUGGAAGCGCCGAGAGCCAGCUACAAGACUACAUUGGCGUAUUCGACCCUGCGACAAGCAAGCUACAAAUCGUCCCAGUCAAGAGAGUUGUCGUACGAAGCACACUGCGAAGCGAAGCACAGGAAAUGCGCGAAGAGCAGGAGGCGUUGGAUGCAGCACAAAACACUGUCAUGGCAAAGAGAGCUGCUCUCGCGGCAGAGUUCGGAUCCAAGAAGUCAAGGAAGGCGCUUGAAGACCGGACGCUCAACGCGAUCAAGAGUGGAACUGGUGUCGAGGACGCGGCCAGGACCGACGCAGUUGCCGAGAACGUGCUGCAGCAAAUGGCUUCUGCGACAGCGGUCAUGCCAAACAAGGACGAUCUCGCAGCAGCCGUGGACAGUUCCAAGCCUCGCCCGACACCCAACCUUGCAGCCGAAUACCCAGCCGAUGUUUACCCUACGGAUGUUGUGAUUGGAAGCGAUCUCAUGACCAUGCUGGAUGUCCAGGACUGGGUUCAAAAAUCAUCAGUCGGCGAAGGAGUCAGCGUGGCCAGCAAAUACGUUGCUAAGCGCAUCGUAAAGCUCGCCAAGAACAAACAGAUACAGAAGCUGAAGGCCCUGCGAUUCAUACUGCUUUGCAUCAACUUCAACUCGGCGUUGAUUGGAGGAGGUGGACCUCGGCCGAAGAAGAUUCCCAUGAAAGGGAAGUUGGAGGAAGCGAUGGGUGAGGACACGCCUGCGGGUCAACUCAUGGCCAUCAGGAGGAAGUUUGCUCCCGAGGGUUCCUUUGAGAUGUCUCGCUGGCACGUCGAUAACCUCAUGACCCAUAUUGCAGCGGCAGCACUCACAGUCGACGACUACGAAGUCGACGUGAACGACCUGCGAGAAGAUCUAAAGCUCGAGAACAAGGAGAUCAAGCAAUACUUCGCCGAACUCGGAUGCAAGCUCAACGCCCCAACCCAGACCGACCUCACACGCAUGAAGCUCACCAAAGCCGAAACCGCCAACCACUUCAUCGCGAAGCUAAAGCUCCCACUGUCAUUCCCCAAAGUAGGCGGCGCACGAGCAAAGAGACGCACCUAG